CAGUUACCGUACGCAAAGCCGACAUGGCGCGGUUGACGCAGGAAAGGUGCUGUGCUGUAACGGUAAUUACGGUACAAGACAGGUCUGCCCUGCUGAUCUGGCUGCAAGUGUCAUGUAUCAUCUCUUCGUACAUCGUACGUGCCGGAAGGUUGCGAAGGUAAACGGGCGUCGGAUGUUGGCGGGCCGGAGGAAACGGGAAAUGACAAAACGUUAACAAGCCGCCAAAUGCCUUGGACAUCAAAUUUGAGAUAGGUAAUGUAUCGCGGUCUUUUACCGCCGAUAAGAAGGUCCCGAAAGACCAGGCUGCUUGUUGUAAAUUGUCUUGGCCUCGUUUGUCUUACUAGCGAGCACCACCGUGGUUAGGCCAGAGCACGCAAGACACUCAACGACGAUGCUGAACAAGGCCAAGACGUUUGAGGCCCUGUAACGGACAAGGGAUAGUGGGGCGGAGACGCCGCCUAACAGCUUGAGGCUGGUUUGUUGCAUGAGUCGGGACGAUUCGUGCUAUCGAAGCCUGAUGGAAGCUUUUUGCCCUGCAGUUUCAACGCUGUGCCGAGCGUCUGUGCUGCGUGGCGUCGUAACGCCGAGAAUUGAUGACGGUGGUAGAUAGAUAAAUAUCCGCAAGUACCUGAGCAUCUCCAAUAAAAGGUGACGAUGAUUGGAAUUGCUUCAUUUCAGAAGAACAUCAAUUGGUAUGUCCCUAAGAAAACUUUGUGGUGGUCAGGGUAAGCAUGUGCGACUGCCAAAUGGUGUCAUCGUUGAGCACCUUCUAUGCAUGCCUUGGGCUUCUCCAAUUCAGGAUACGAACCGGAAGGCACAGCCAAUUCAGCUUACGACAAAACCGUAACAGUUGCUUCACCUCAACUACUAUCCGUACAUAACAGGUGUCGUUAUCCCAAGUAAGUCUAUACUAUCUCUUUCCGACAUCACCAGUCAAUGGAUGUCACGAUGCCUCGAGUCAGACAUUAAAGCCGGUCUAUUAUCGUGGAAGGGGCUCAAAUGUACUGUACGUACCUCAUCGAAGAACAUCGAGGUGAGACCGACAGCCUUUACGACCCCCACGCCGAAACCCCCAAUACUAUUCAAUACCAAACCCGGAUUUGCAGGACUAACUACUCCUUGGUUCAUCCUUCGAGCUGUUCGACCUUGAUUCAAGGACAAGAAUAAAUUCUGCAAACGGCGGGGUCAAAGACGUGGGAGUCAUGUCAGGAAUGCAUCGAGUUUGGCAGUGACUUGGGAUCUCGAAACUCUCUUGUCUAUUCUUGCGGCUCCGCUAAUCUCUAGGCCUUUUCUCAGGUCAGGGUAAGUACAAACCUGCCAGGCAUGUUACUGUGGCGCUCGGUCAUAGCACGGAAUGUUUUCUGUCGUGGUUGAAUAUUCGCUAUCGGUUCGUUGCUUAUCACGAAACGAGGCUCUCAGCCAACCAUAUUUGUCACAUUAUCCCAUUGUGGGAACUGACGCCUUUGUCGCCAUACAAGUUGUUUGAUGAAACUUACUUAGUAUUCUGAUGAUCUUUUGCGCGCACGGCAGUAAUUGCUACUUAUCAUAUGAUUCUCAGCCAUAGCACAAUGAUUGGCACAUGCACUGGACAAAUACGGAACAUGCAGUUUUAGAAUUGGGGGCACGGCACGAGACCACUCCUACGACACCCUUAUGCCUCCAGUAAUUCAUGAUACCCGACCAAGAUGGACUGAGCAUCUGAAAGCUCGAAAUAGUCAGGUCUGGAUUGGGAGGCCCCAGACUUUGAACGGAACGGCCCCUGUCCCGGAAUCUCUUUGAGGUUAAUUCCUACCCAGCACUAUUGGGGUAAACAUGUCGAAUAUAUGCGGUGAUUCGAUCUAGAUCACAAUAAUCACGCCAGGGAAGGCAGAAUCCAGGCUCACCUUUAGCCGGACAAAUGAGAACAGUCUGAACUAUUGACCGGGAACAAAUACGAACUCGCUUUUUACACGUGUGGUUACAGAUACCGUUAACUGUGUCUUUCAGUCAAGCAGCUUAACCUGGCUGGCUGGCUGCAUCGUGCACUACACCUUGACAGCAUCCAUGUCGCGCCUAAUGAGCUAGCCUUCAGCUUGGCUCGUCUCCAUUGAACAAGCGCCCGUCGACGGCCCCUAUACCCGUUGAUAAAGCACCGAGACGACGGGUCACCGACAAGAAGAUCUAGCUCAUUAGAACCACUCAAGAGUUCGGUUGUGUCUCUUUGGGUUAAUCAGUUUGUCUGUGGCGGUGCCACAUCAGUUCAGCCUCAGGUACUCAAACUUUAUCUCAUGAAGGGAAUCGCUUCCAGAUUUCGGCGUCGAUAUGCACGUUCCGGGGAUACAACGGCUCUGCGUCGGCAUGCCAUCGAGAAAGCCGCCUCAAGUAAUUACACCUCGGCAGCUCGGGUUACCUCUUGUGUCCUGGUAUAUCACAUAGAGUUCCAAGGCUCCGACAACGCAUUUUCGCUAAAGCCUACCGGAAACAUUCGAUGGGGCCUUUUGUUGAGGUUUUUAUUCUCGAAAAUUGGGCCUUCGAUUCGGGAGCUCCAAGUACCGUACCGGACCCGUUGUAUGGAUAGCAAUCAGCCUUGUAAAGUAGGCAAGCUCUGUGAUCACCGCGCCAGGCGUAAAAGUUUUCCAGCUCAGCUCUUGGUUGGUUGAUUUGUUGCAGACAGGGUCCGGAAAUUCAAGACCGAUAGACGCCAAACACACAUCAGACACGGCACAGAUGUACAAUUGUUUCCCGAGCCAAUCAACCUACUAACCUAAGUACCCAAGUAAUGAUUUCUCACUGUUCAAUGAGUCACUGCAAGUUCAAAAAAUCAAUAAGGUAGCCAAAGUAACAUUCAGCAAAUCUCAUCAUGACUUCUCAUGAGAAGCUCAUGACAGCGCAAGAAGUUCAUGAUACAUGUUCCGGCAAUAACUGAAGCCUCUUGGAGUACUGUGACUUCCUGAUCCUUACGAUAUACAGAUAUCAUCGGCUGAUAUCUACACCUCUCUGCUCUGUUGCUGGUGUCCAAUGUUUACCACACGCCAUCAGGCGAGCCAGCCACCGCAUGAUGGUCUGUCCUGGCUGGCCCUUGUCCAUCAGGUUUGGUUCGGCAACGGCCGUGUUAGUGGGCUGAGUAGCUCCCCUCCCUUGUCCUGAUUUGCAAGGAUGAUUUUCCAUGCCUGUCCCUAGUCCAGCCAGCCACGUCGAGACGCGAUAACCAGCUAUUGCUAGUGAGCGAUUCAACCCUCUGCGUUUGAGGUUCAAGUUACGCUUUCACAAGACCUGGUCCUUGCUUUGAUGCACAAACGCCGUCGACUCGGUAGAUGAGCAACGGGCGUGCAAUAAGCUCGCAUUAGUGUGCGUGCACAAUGUGUACAAAUAAUCGAUUUGUGGCUCAGGUUGGAAAUUGUUGAAGAUCGUCGACUGAGAUCAAGAAAUCAAGAUCUGAUAACAUGAGAUGGCAGUAUUUCGCAUUGUCAUGGUUGCGCAACUUCAUGCGCGUCUCUCAACGUCGUCUCGUAUAGAGCAGACACUCGGUUGCUUCAGCACAAUGCAAUCUCUCGUCAUUCUCGCAAAUCUGACAACUCUCACAACACGAGAGAGAGAUAUCUCAGCCUCCUGCUUAUCUAGAAACGUGCAGCAAUUGGAUGUAUGUAAUCGUUACGUGCGCUAGUCUAGUCUCUGGAGAUCCACUGGUAUCUCUCGGAGGGAUAAAAAAAAAUCGAAUAUCUAAAAUCAG